CUUUCUUUCGUUAAUUUAGUUCGAUCAUAACACUUCCUGUACUAUGUAUUAAUAAUUUAUAUACUAAACAAUGUUUACAACAUUUAUAAUAGUCUUUUUGACAACAUUUUUUAUUGUUUUUAUAAUAAGGAUUGCAAUUCGUAAAUUUGCUGAUAUAAAUGAUCCACCAGUUAGGACGAGACGUACCGCCCCACCUACUGAAUCAGCAUCAACACGAGUAUUCACAAUCGAAAGAAAUUCAGAAUUAACUGUUGUCAAUUCUCAUAGAGCACCGCCACCUGAUUAUAAUCAAUCAAUAUUAAAUGAAAUGCAAUUUCCAAGACUAAGUCAAACAAAACAAUUCUUUAUUAUUAGUGAUAAAGAUUUGCCAUCUUACGAGGAAGUUAUCGCACAAAAAAAUCAAGAAAUAACAUUAAAUAAUAAUAUACCAACAAGUAGUAGUAAUAAUGCAACUUCAUCAAUAACGGCAAUAAUACAAGAAUCGAUAAUAACUGCUGAUAACAAUCAUAAUAUAACAAAUAAUAAUGUAAAUUCAACAAAUGCUAUACAAAUCAAUAAUAUAGGAAAUAGUAAUAAUUGUAUAGCGACAUUAUCAACUACAACUACAAUUGAUAGUACUACACCAAAUACAAUUAAUAGAAAUAUAAUAACUACACCAAAUAUAACAACUACAAUUGAUAAAAAUAAUUCAGAAAAUAGAACUACAUCAGCUACAGUUAAUACUCAAUGAAAUGUGGUUUCUCAAUACGGUACUAUUGAAAUAAAUUGAUAUUUGAGAUCAUAAAAAAAAGAGAGUUUUUAAAUCGUAAAUAGCUAAUGAACUACUUACAUACCACACAUAAUCUUUACAUACAAAUAUGUACUGAGGAUUACUAUUAUAUUUUUUAAUUCUUUUAUAACAUUUGUGUACAAAUUGUUUUGUAACAAGGGAUUAAAAUGGAUAUAACCACCUACAGUUGAACAAUAGAACAAACAGUUAACACAAAUUAUCAGAACAAGAUAUCUUAUCUUCAAUUUUUUAAGAUUUGUUAUAAUUUUAUAACGACAUUUUUAUAUUAAAUUUAUUAAAUUAUAAUCGGUAUUUCACAAUUCAUAAAUUUUUUUUAUAGAAAUAAGUUUAAACGAUAAUUAUUAUGAUUUAUAUUUGUAUACAUGUAAUACAUACAUAUAAAUAAUAUGACUGUGAUUUUAAA